GCACAAAAUAAUCAAUCAGAUCAAUCUAUUGAUGGAAAAAGGGGAAUAGAUUCGAAAUUCUCAAACAUUGUUUAUAAUACACAAAUAAUAACACCAGUGCACACACUCGCCCACACCCUUCACCUCCAUCUCCGAACCUGUCUGUCUUAGUUGUCGAAUAGAGAAUAAACUUCACCCAUCAUCUUCUCCUCCAGCCCUCUCUAGCUGAUAACCGAUCAGGCCUGACCCGAUCGGCCCGUCGUUGCCGCAGUGAGCGCCGUUUCCCUGCUGCCGCUGGGUUCAUGCGUUUGUUCUUCCUGCCCUCUCAGCCGGCCUUCCCUUGGCCAUUUUGUCUGGUAUCCGCCGUUGCUCUCCCCACGCGGCGCGACAACAGAGCACCACUCUGUAAACUGCCCCCUGAACUCUUCCAGUUAAUCAGCGCCCAAAAGGUUGGCGCCGAAUGGAGCCGGCCAUUCGCUCACGCGGCGGUGUGUACCGGCCGCGAUGCCUCAGCCCUGACCCCUCGCCUCUGCGACGCUCGAAUGCUGUAAAAGGAAGAGGAGGGAACAAAGGCAUGUGAUGUAGUAAAAAAGGUUUGAGGAGUGGGGCUGAGGCAAGGCUCUGCAAUAGGCAGCACACUGUUGCACUGGUGACGGCUUCGUCUAUCGCGCUUCUCUUCGGUGGAGGACAUCCGGCUUGGACUACCUCUGUCCUCGGGAGCAUGUCGGCGAGCUUCCGACUCUUCGAUAGAACUUGGUAACCGCACGUCAAGGAGACGUCUCCACGGCACAAGGAAACGGCUAAACACGUCAACCAGACCGGAUACCGGACGCCCUUCCACCAGUGUCCAUUACGCCUUUCCCCUGCACAUGUUCCUCUCCAGCGGACGUCUGUCAGUCCGCAGUCAGACAGAUGUCUCCAGGCCCUGCUGCUCUCUAGUCCAUGGACUCUUUGGAUCCUUCCUGGUCAGAAAGGUGAACUGAUCUGCUCCGGUUGGCCGAGGUGGAUUUCCAAACAUUGGUGACGAAUCGACCGGACAAGCACCCGUGCCAUUUUUGUAGUAGUUAUCCCCGAUUGAUUAUUUUUCACCUCAAUAACGUUGGCCUUCUAGAUGACCGCGUCCGCUAAGGAUAUCCGCCCAAUCACGUCAGAGCUCCGCCUCAUUCAUCACCCCACACCCCCUAGCUUCCCGGAGCGCGCCACCUCCCACCGCAUGCCAGCACUUUGAUAUGUGGGGAGCCUGGGGCCCCUGCAGAAAUCCAACGCCAACCCAGACUCCAAACCCCGCCCCCCCCGUCGCCACGCCCACCUCCUCCUCCUCCUCCUCCUCCUCCUCCUCCUCCUCCUCCUAAGCCUCCUCCGCUCGGCGACUCAUGACCUCCGCGGGAGCCAGGUAGUCCAGACCCAGCCCACCGAAUGCCUCUCAUCUGAACCCCCCCCCCCCUCCCCCCCUGUCCCAGUCCCCAGCGAGGCAGCCCCGCCCGCCCGCCCGCCUGACCGCGCGCAGUGGGCGCAUGAGCUCCGGGCGCCAGUAGCCAGGGGGCCCCGCCCACGCCAGCGCUAUCGUGGCCGGCCGUCAGGCGGAGGGCGGCCAUCGGCGGCGGCCGUCGCCGUCGUCGUCGUCGGCGGCCAUGGCCCGGCUGAUGCUGGGCCGGACCCUGGAGCGCAUCUGCAAGGGCGUGCUGCUGCUCUGCCUGCUCCACUUCCUCAUCAUGAUGAUCCUCUACUUCGACGUGUACACGCAGCGCUUCGACCUCUUCAGCCGCUUCAACAACGGCCGCAACGGCUCCCGCUCCGGCGGCGGCGCCAACAACAACGGCGGCACGGUGGCGGCGGCGGGCGGCCACCACCUCUACCUGUACAACCUGUCCCGGCCCAACGCCACGCUGGCCGGGUACCUGGCGGCCGGCGAGCAGCUGCUGCCCAGCGUCAAGCCCUCGCCCAAGCCGCUGCCGCCGUGCCCGGAGAUCCCCCCCGGCCUGGUGGGCCGUCUGCUGAUAGAGUUCAGCUCCCAGAUGACCAUGGAGCGCGUGCAGAAGGAGAACCCCAACGUGACGGACGGCGGACGCUACGCGCCCCCCGACUGUCGGCCCAGAUGGAAGGUUGCCAUCAUCAUUCCAUUCCGUCACCGAGACAACCAUCUGAAGUACUGGCUCCACUACCUGCACCCCAUACUCAGACGACAGAAGAUCCACUACGGCAUCUACAUCAUCAACCAGUUGGGCGAGGAGACGUUCAACCGCGCCAAGCUGCUGAACGUGGGCUACACGGAGACCCUGAAGGACGGCGAGUACGACUGCUUCAUCUUCAGCGACGUGGACCUGAUCCCCAUGGACGACCGCAACCUCUACCACUGCUACGACCAGCCCAGGCACUUCGCCAUCGCCAUGGACAAGUUUGGCUUCAGGUUGCCGUACGCGGGCUACUUCGGAGGGGUGUCCGGGCUCAGCAGGAAGCAGUUCCUGAAGAUCAACGGCUUCCCCAACGAGUACUGGGGCUGGGGCGGCGAGGACGACGACAUCUACAACAGGAUCACUCUGAACGGGAUGAAGGUGUCCCGGCCGGACGUCCGGAUCGGCCGCUACAGGAUGAUCAAACACGAGAGAGACAAACACAACGAGCCCAACCCUCAGAGGUUCAACAAGAUCCAGAACACCAAGAACACCAUGAGGAGGGACGGCAUCAGCUCCCUCACCUACCGGCUGGUGCAGGUCAAGAGGUUCCCUCUGUACACCAACAUCUCGGUGGAGAUCGGGAAGCCCCCGCCCAGGCCCUUCAAGGGAUAGAGACGGGGACGGAGAGGGAGGGGGUCAGGGAGACGGAGUAAGAGAGAGAGAAGACACUGAGGUGGGACAGCACUCGCUCAGGCUGCAGUGAGAGAGAGAGAGAGAGAGAGAGAGAGAGAGAGAGAGAGAGAGAGAGAGAGAGAGAGAGAGAGAGAGAGAGAGAGAGAGAGAGGAAGAGAGGAAGAGAGAGAGACAGACUAGAUCAAGUGUCAAACUCUCCCAGACAGCCGAUGAGAUUAUAGAGAGAUCUGGUGCAUUAGGUGUAGAUGCAUCACAAAGCACAUCAGUCUCUCUCUCUCUCUCCUCUCCUCUUCCAGCUCAGCGCUUCAAACUCUCCCUCUCUCCAUCAACGUCUCUUUCUAACAGCCAAUGGCAGGCUGCCAGCUGAAGGACCCUGGCCAAUCAGAGACUCUCAGAGUGUUCCCAGAGCCUGAGCUUGGACUGGGAUGGUUUGAAACAUUGCGAUCGCAAUUGCCUCGGAAAAACGUGGACGGCGUUCUGCUGGAUGUUCUUAGGUGAUUGUGUGCAGUCCUCGAACAAUAUCCAUGGAAGGUCCUUGGUCUAUUAUCUUGUAAUGGAUGUCUGUUCUUUAUUUGGUUCAUAAAGUCCUGGAAGUGAACGACAAUGGACCUAAUUGAGGAAGUAGGGAUAUGUGCACAAGAUAGUUCAUUCAGUAGGAGACGUCCCGCUACGUAGCACAGGAAGGUGAAAUCCAGGUGUGUGCAUCUUUUUUUCAGGAUAACAAAUGCUCAUGAACAUCGUCGCUGAGGAUGACAAGGUACAACGGUGGGCGGAGCUGACAUUCUUAACCGGGAACAGAGUUAUAAAGUUCUCAAGAAAUGUUACAAAAGUAAACUAGUGACAGAGAACUGGGGGCGGAGGGGGGAGACAAAUUCAACAGUUCAGCUGUCAUAAAAGGAUUGCGAUAAGAAAAGAUACGAUCCACAUUUCAACAAUAUCGGAUAAUCAAAGUUCAGCAUCGAGAGCGUCCCUCUCCAGAAGAGUGUGUUUAUCGCGGAGCACGAAACGCUGUUUCUGGAACAAAAAAGCUUUCAGAUCCACAGUGGUUCAUCACCUUGAAAUAGAUACAUGGACUCAAACUUUGGAAACAGUGAGAGUCUUACAGCACUUUUCAAAUGUCAAGAGUAUUAGAGAAAGUUCAAACACAUUGGAAACCCAAACUAACAGUUUUUUUUGUUUUUUAUGCAGUUGGAAAUUCAGUGUAACUGUCCCUGGAGCACCUUUGAAUUUCAACCAGAGAGUAAAAGGAAAGAAGUGGGCUUUACUUUAUGAGCACUCACGAUGCUGAAACACAAGCCUGCACUCUGCACAGAAUGCCUGCGUGUCCCACAGUACUGUUUGAUCUCGGAAAAGACAAACAUAUAGAUUGAUGCGUUAAAUGUUCAGACUUUAGGCAUUCAGAGAUUUUAACAGAUAUGAAUGUGCCAUUUCAGCUUUUUUGGUCUGGGCAUAACAUCCGUAUGGUGUGUGUAGAUGGAGAUGUAAAAGUACAGCUUUUAUUUUAUUUUACUUGAAAUCAUGCUGUGGACAAAACAUUCCCAAGAGUUUCCGUUGGUUCAAGCAUCUAUUAGUUUUGAGCUUUGUAGGAAUAAGACACUUAUUUUGGAAAGUUUUUGCCAUUCAGUGACUUUUUACUUGUUCCAUAAAAGAUUGGCCGAGAAUUAAGUAAUUUUUUUAUGACAUUGUAACCCUGGUGUUUAAUAAAGAACUAUUAUAGAUUGAUAAAAGCUGGGCAUAGCUGUCAUCAGUAUGCCAAUCUUUUAUGCUGUUAUUAACUCAAUCUUUUAACAAGACCAUCAUACCCAGAAGGGGGAACUAGAAGAUUAUGGGGAAUUUGGUGGUGGUUAUUGGGACAUUUUUCUGUUUUACGAAAUGCAAAUUGAUGGCUUUAACGAACUCCUCGUUCUGAUAUGACAGUUAAAGAGAUUAUUAUUUGAAAUGAUCACAACUUUUUUAUUCCACUUUUCUUGUUUUUGGUCAUGCCUUACAGACAACGUUUAUAUACCGGCACACACA